AUGACGUCGGUGUGAGCGCAAGCGCCCUGUCAAACGUGAGAAUGGCCGCAGUUGAACUCCAACCGUACGGAGACGCAGCGAAAUGGCACGGGAGCCGAAAUGGUCAUCAGACGUCAGACGAUUCAUUGCUAGAUGAUGCACCUCUCAUAGCAGACGGAAGCGAGUACGUUAGUGAUGAAGAGGGACAGUGGAGACGAAGACCAGCUCGCCGGUAUGGUAGUUUGAGUUGGACAGACCAGAUAUCGGGAUACAGUGAGAAGUGCUUCUCUGGUCUGAGAACGAGAUUUAGGAGAAAGAAUAACUACAAGCCUAGAGAUAUUAAUUUGGGAGAGGAGUUUACUGAUGAUUGCCCACAAAAUGCUAUCAAAAAUCAGAAAUACAAUGUCAUCACUUUCAUUCCUCUAGUGCUUUAUGAACAGUUUAAGUUCUUUCUCAAUCUUUACUUUCUCAUUGUUGCGCUGUCACAGUUUAUACCUGCACUCAGAAUUGGUUACUUGUACACGUACUGGGCACCACUGGGUUUUGUUUUGGGAGUGACAAUGGCUAGAGAGGCGUUUGAUGACUGUAAGAGAUUCUGGAGAGACAGAGAAGUCAAUGGACAACUUUAUUGUAAAUUGACUCGUGCAGGCAAAGUGUCCAUUCCAUCUGCAGACAUUAGAGUUGGUGAUCUGAUAGUAAUAGAAAAGAAUCAGCGAGUGCCAGCUGAUAUUGUCUUAUUGAGAACAACAGAGGCAAAUGGCUCUUGUUUCAUUCGUACUGACCAGCUGGAUGGUGAAACUGACUGGAAGUUGAGACUAGCAGUCCUAACUACACAAGGCUUGACAUCAGACAACGAACUUCUAUCUAUUCAAGCAUCGGUUUAUGCUGAAGCUCCAAAGAAGGAUAUCCACUCUUUUAUCGGGAAAUAUACAAAUAAAGAAGAUGGUGAAGGGACUGAGGAGCCAUUGAGUGUUGACAAUGUGUUGUGGGCGAGUACAGUGUUAGCAUCAGGUACGGCUAUUGGGUUAGUGGUUUAUACGGGUUCGGAGACUCGUAGUGUUAUGAACACGUCACAACCAAGCACAAAGGUCGGUCUUCUUGAUCUUGAAAUCAAUCGUCUUACCAAGAUACUGUUUGUUGCCACGAUGAUCCUUGCUUUCACUCUCGUUGCUCUCAAAGGAUUUAACUCUGUGUGGUAUCUUUCCCUCUUCAGGUUCAUUCUUUUAUUCUCGUACAUCAUCCCUAUAAGUUUACGUGUGAAUCUGGACAUGGGAAAGCUUGUGUACUCAUGGAUGAUACAGAGAGACAAAAAAAUUCCUGAUACGAUAGUGAGAAACAGCACUAUACCAGAAGAACUUGGUAGAAUUGUAUACCUUCUCUCAGACAAAACAGGCACUCUCACACAGAACGAAAUGGUGUUUAAACGAUUACAUGUUGGGAGUGUGUCAUAUGGCUCGGAAAUGAUGAAUGAGGUGUCAGCUCAUGUGCGUGAUUGGUGGAAUUCAUCUCAAGAGAAAGGCACUUUAUCACAGAAAUUUGGUCAGCGUCGAUUUAAUACUAUGAUUCAUGUUGGUGAGGCUGUAAAGGCGUGUGCUCUUUGUCACAAUGUCACUCCCAUAAGUGACAAUGAUACUCAGAACGGUGCAGUGUGUGGCAGCAAUAGUGAAGCAGAGUCAAGCAGACGAACUUCAGUAGAACAACAAGGAGUUACAUAUCAAGCAUCUAGUCCUGAUGAGGUUGCUCUUGUUCAGUGGUCUGCCACUGUAGGACUCCCUUUGAUUGACAGAGAUUUAUCAUCAAUUAGCCUUUGUGGGCCUGAUGGAGGAAUAGUAAAAUACCUGAUUUUGCAGAUAUUUCCUUUCACAUCAGAAAGAAAACGAAUGGGUAUCAUACUGAAGGACACAUUGACUGGUGAGAUUGUGUUUUACAUGAAAGGAGCUGAUGUUAUCAUGAGUCAGAUUGUUAAAUACAAUGAUUGGUUAGAGGAAGAGUGUGGCAAUAUGGCUCGUGAGGGUCUUCGAAUUCUUGUUGUUGCGAAAAAGGCUCUCACUACUGAGCAAUUUAGAGACUUUGAAGUUCGAUACAAACAUGCCAAACUGAGUUUGUCUGACCGAGCAGCUAAAGUGGAAACUGUAGUCCAGAGUAUUGAGCAUGACAUGGAGCUACUUUGCCUUACCGGUGUAGAAGACAAAUUGCAGCAAGACGUAAAGCCAACACUGGAGCUUCUGAGAAAUGCAGGCAUCAAGACGUGGAUGUUGACUGGAGAUAAGAUGGAGACUGCUAUAUGUAUUGCAACGAGUGCUAAACUUGUGUCCAAGGAUCAUGCCAUACACUGUUUUCCAGAGGUCUGUGACAGACAGCAAGUUCACUUGCAACUUAAUGAGUUUCGCAGAAAGAGCGACUGUGCGUUAGUCAUCACAGGAACUGCAUUGGAGGUCUGUCUCACUCAUUACGAAGGAGAAUUCAUUGAACUUGCUUGUCAAAGUCCAGCUGUUGUCUGUUGUCGCUGCUCGCCAACCCAGAAAGCCAGAGUAGUCGAGCUGCUCAAGAAAUAUACUCACAAACCAACCUGUGCAGUAGGAGAUGGCGGGAAUGAUGUCAGUAUGAUCCAGGCAGCAGAUGCCGGGAUUGGCAUUGUAGGAAAGGAAGGAAAGCAAGCGUCUCUAGCUGCAGACUUCUCUAUCACUCAGUUCAAGCACAUUGGAAGGUUGUUGGUUUGGCAUGGUCGCAAUAGUUAUAAACGAUCAGCAUCACUUGGUCAAUUUGUAAUGCAUCGAGGUCUUAUCAUAUCAGUCAUGCAGGCCAUCUUUUCAACUGUCUUCUAUUUUGUUUCUAUUGCAUUAUAUGAAGGAUAUCUGAUGGUUGGCUAUGCUACUGUGUACACCAUGUUUCCGGUCUUCUCUCUUGUUCUGGAUGAAGAUGUGUCAGCAGACACAGCACUCAUGUAUCCAGAACUCUACAAAGAUCUUGCAAAAAGCCGUUCGUUGUCGUUUAAAACCUUCUUUAUGUGGAUAUUAAUAAGUAUAUAUCAGGGAGGAGUCAUCAUGUAUGGGGCUCUUGUACUGUUUGAUGAUGAGUUUAUCCACAUUGUUGCUAUCACAUUCACAUCACUCAUAUUAACAGAGCUACUGAUGGUGGCACUUACGAUUCGAACGUGGCAUUGGGUGAUGAUUGUAGCCGAACUGCUCAGUCUUGGAUUUUAUGUUGCAUCACUUGCUGUUCCAAACACAUACUUCGAUGCUUCUUUCUUGAAGACAUGGGGCUUUGUGUGGCGAGUUCUUGUGAUCACUCUCGUCAGCUGCUUGCCUUUGUACAUCCUCAAAUACUUAAGACGGAGAUAUGCCCCACCAAGCUACUCAAAGUUACAAAAAUAGAGGAAUUAGGCGCGUUAUUGUUUAGUUUUGCAAGAAAUUAUGACUGGCUCUUGUUGAUUUACUACAUGCUUUACAUUAUAAUCAUGCAUCUUAUCUCUGAAAGUGAAUAUGAGACAAGUGCAGCA